UAGCACCUACCGCCAGAGUGCGCCAGCGUCUUGCUUCAUGUCAUGAAGUAAAUAGCCACUUUUUACAGGGCAGCACAGCAGCCAUUUGGGAAAAUGAGGAUAUGUACCUCUGAGUCGUGAUGGACCUGUAUGACAGCUCCGAAUGUCGUCUUGUUGAGUCAAAGAAUGCGGCGGAAAAUACGGAAUCGCGUUUGCCAUGGGACCGGUUCUCGUCAUGGCUGGAGUGUGUCUGCGUGGUUACGUUUGACCUCGAACUCGGCCAAGCUAUAGAGCUUGUGUACCCCCAUGAUGUGAAACUCACUGAGAAAGAGAAAACUAGCAUUUGCUACCUUUCCUUUCCAGACUCAUACUCAGGAUGCCUUGGGGACACCCAGUUCAGCUUCAGGCUACGUCAGUCCGUGGGGCGCAGAAGCUCUUGGUUUGGAGAGGAUGCCUACAGCCGAGACGCACCUGUCACACUACAGCGGGAACUUGCCCAUUUCUAUGGCUAUGUCUACUUCAGACAAGUCAAGGACGCAGCUGUGAAAAGAGGCUAUUUUCAAAAGUCUCUUGUGCUGGUCUCCAGAUUACCGUAUGUGCACCUCUUCCAGUCCUUGCUGCAGAUCAUAGCUCCAGAGUAUUUUGAGAAGUUGGAACCUUGCCUCGAAGCAGUGUGCAAUGAAAUUGACCAAUGGCCGUCUCCGGUACCCGGGCAGACACUCAACCUGCCUGUGAUUGGCGUGAUCAUGCAAGUCAGGAUCCCCUCCAAAAAUGACAAACCCAGUGGAAGCCCAGUAAAACAGGCCCAAAGGGAGAAUCUUCUACCAGCCCCAUUGAUGCUACCGUCCAUUCAUGAGCUUGACCUCUUCAAAUGUUUCCAGUGCUUCCUGAUUCACAUCCAGAUGCUCUGGGAGCUAAUGCUGCUAGGAGAGCCCGUGGUCGUCAUGGCUCCCUCUCCUACCGUCUCCUCGGAAACUGUGCUGGCCUUAGUGAGCUCGAUUGCACCACUGCGCUAUUGCUGUGACUAUAGGCCCUACUUUACCAUACACGAUCCUGAGUUUAAGGAAUAUACCACUCGGACACAGGCACCUCCCAAUGUGAUUUUGGGUGUCACCAAUCCUUUCUUCAUAAAGACCUUCCAGUCCUGGCCCCACAUCAUACGCCUCGGAGAACUCAAAAUGUCCGGAGAUUUGCCUAAGCAAGUGAAGGUGAAGAAACUGGCCAAGCUGAAAACACUGGACACUAAACCAGGUAUUUACACAUCACACAAGACAUUCCUUCAAAAAGAUAAGUCCCUCAUCAAAAGACUCCUGAAGGGCAUCCAGAGGAAGAGGCCGUCGGAGGUGCAGAGCGCCAUCUUGAGGAGACAUCUGUUAGAACUCACCCAGAGUUUUAUCAUUCCACUGGAGCGUUACCUGGCCAGCCUGAUGCCUCUGCAGAGGUCUGUGACACCUUGGAAGACCCCCCCCCAGAUCCGUCCAUUCAGUCAGGAGGAGUUCAUGGGGACUCUGGAACAUGCUGGACCUCAGCUCACCUCGGUGCUCAAAGGAGAUUGGAUUGGCUUGUACAGGAGAUUCUUCCGGUCCCCCAACUUUGACGGCUGGUACCGCCUGCGUCAAAAAGAGAUGACCCAGAAACUAGAAUGUCUCCAUCUAGAGGUUAUCUGUGAUGCUGACCUGCUGGGCUGGAUUAAAGACAAGUCAGAAGUGGAGAUUGUGGACCUGGUGGUAAAACUCAGAGAGAAACUGAUGAAGGCCGUCAGGCAGCAGCUCCCAGUGAAGGAUGGUGUGCUGGACAAACUAGAGGGAUACAUCCAGGACUAUCAUCCUCUCUCUACAGAGGACUUGCAGACUGUACUGCACAGACACUGACACCUAGAUUCAAUCAGACCUGCGUUAGCCCACGAUAUCCACACCGGCAUAGCAGAUGAUUGUAUUUAUUUAGUCGAUAUGUCGGUUGAAGUACGUCGGAGCGGUCAAUUCGGUGAGAGGCUGACCAUGAGCUGGUCCAUCUCGGAUAACCGCCAGAGCUACUUCUAAUGUCUGUGUCAAAGAUCUAGCCAGAACGCUGGCACACUUUGGUAUUGGUACAGAAACUGACACUAAAUAGCAUUUCGUUUUUAGUAUUAAAAAAAAAAGAAAACACCUGAAAUUUUUUUUUUUUUCCCCUUCACUCUGACCACUAGACUCUAUUAGCAAGAUAAUACAUUUUCAGAAAGUAGGAAACUAGAAGCGUAAUAUAAUAAAUGUAUGUUAAAUUACAAUAACAUUAGGUCAAGGGUAAUGGAGGGCUAGGGUUAAGUUGUACGAGAUUAUGCCUUUAAGUAUUUUGGUAGUAAUUAAAGGCUUAAUUCAUAAACCUGUGAAAUGUUUGAGUACAGCCUUUUGGUCUCUUUGGGCUAUUCUGAUUUGUAUAUAAUUUGCACAUUCAACUUUUUUUUAUUAUUAUUUAAAAAUAUAUAUUGAUUAAUUAAAAGGUCAGUCAUUAAAUAAAAGGGUUUUGUGUUUAUGUGGCUGUAUCUUAGGCUUUUAUCAGUCUGUGUUUUCUAUUAAGCACAGCUAAAUCAACACACAGACACAACUUCUCUUACUAUCCAGGUAAAAUGGUCAUCAGAUUUCAGUUAAGGGUGGUAUGUGGAUGUACUGUUGGCACAGUAGACAUGACUGAAGCUUUUUUCUUUACUAUUACUAUGGUUAAUGAGUGCAUAGAACUAAUACAUGUUGUUUUUUUGUGGAUAUGUGCAGGGAUUCAUCACACAAUAACAGUGCCAGUCUUAAAGCUACACCAGCUCCAAGCUAACAAUGCUAAGAAAUUAAUCCAUCAGCUAGAAUUUUAAAAAC